AUUUGCAAGUCAAGUAAGGAUUAUAAAUACAUUUGAGUUUUGUCAAAAAAAAUAAAAUAAUAAUUGUAAUUUAUGGAUUAACUUAUAAAACUGAAAGCAUGAAUUGAGUUGGUAUAUAAGUUCUCAGUUUCAGAUACAAUCGCAGUCGCUUUAAUUAGGUUUCGCGCCCUUUUCACUUCGAAUCUGAAGGAAAUGGCAGACGCUGGAAAUAGAAAUACCGCUGCGAGUGAUGAAUCUAUAAAGCUAGCGGUAGCGGUUUCACUUCUCCGAUCUAAGUUCAUAGAAAACUCCAAUGCGAUUUCUCCUUCGCAAUCGGAGGCUCUUCUCCGUUGGAAGCGAAAGGCUAAGGAAAGGAAGCAAGAAAUUCUACGCCUCAGAGAAGAUCUGAAAGAAACUCAAGAUGCUUCACAUUGUGAUCUAUUUCCUGAGAAUGCUUCUUGCAAGUGCUAUUUCUUCGAUAAUUUAGGUCAAUUAAGUCCUAAGCGUGAUGGAAAUGAUUCUUCUAAUAACAGAUUCAAUGAUGUCCUUCGUCGAAGAUUUCUUAGACAAGUGCGAUUUAAGGAAAGGAGGAGAAGAAUUGGUUCUUCAUCUUCUUCAAGUCAACAACGGAUUUCUUUAGGUUUAGCUGAGGAGGAUGAAACAGAGCAGCUUAAGGCCUCUGUUGAUUUUCUUGUGGAGCUGUGUGAGACUGUAUCAUCUGUUGAUGAUUCAAAGUUUGCAAACUUGGCACACCAAUCCGUUGACUUUAUAUUGGUUUCGCUGAAGAAUCUUCUGUCUACGGGGAGGAACCUGGAACUUGUUGAACGAAUUAUCAACAGCCUAGUUACACGUUUGACUAUGAAGAUGUGCUCAUACUUGUCAGAAAAUGGGUCUCAACACAGUGACACCAGUGCACAGUUCUGUAUUCAGCAUUUGGUCCGUAAACUUGGAAGUGAGCCCUAUAUUGGCCAACGGGCUAUACUUUCCGUUUGUCAAAAAAUUUUGGUGCUCGCAGAACGUUUGCUUUUCUCCGAUCCUUUUGAUGAUACUUUUCCUGACAUGCACGAAUGUAUGUUCAUUAUGAUCCAGCUAAUUGAGUUCUUGGUCGCAGAUUACUUACUAGAGUGGUCAAAAGCUGAAGAUUUUGACACCAUGCUACUUGAAGAUUGGAUGAUGUCAAUUAUUCAGGCAAGAAAAGCAUUAGAACUUCUGGAAAGCAGAAAUGGACUAUACUCGCUUUAUAUGGACCGUGUCACUGGGGAGUUGGCAAAGCAUGUUGGUGGAAUCUCAUUGCUUCAGAAGAUUAAACCGGAUAUUUUUAAUCGCCUGUUUUGCUAAACAUUGAUUCAUUUGUACAUGGGUUCUUAUAGUAGUUCGCGUCCCUUACGGAACAAUUGAGGUUAGGAUUAGGUAGCAAGUCAUCACUCACACGUUAACGUCUACUUUAGGUCAUAUGCCUUUCUUUUUUUUUUCUCUCUCCAACCAUUGCUUGUACCUAUGAGAGAAAAUAUUGUAUAGCUUUUUGUGUUAUACCACUGCCUUUACUUCCCCGCACUGUGAUUUGAUUGAGACUGACUGGAGAGUGAAGUUACUCUACAACCAUACCUUUUUCCUAAGUUAUGCAUGCAGUCUUGCACUUUCUGUGGUCA